UUGGCUACGCGCUCUCCUUGUCUCCACCCCAGCCUUUCUUUCCCCUUUCAUAUGUGUUUAUUUCUACUCAAAACAUUCUGAAGUUUCUGUGAAACAAGCGGCUGAAAAGAAAGUUUAGAUUUUUCGUUUGUUGGAUCGCUGGGAAACGUCUGCGAUGGCCUCGCCGUUGAAAGUAUGCAUAGUCGGCUCUGGCAACUGGGGCUCAGCCAUAGCUAGAAUUAUUGGUAAUAAUGCCCGGUCCCUGCAGCGCUUUGCCACCACUGUGAAGAUGUGGGUGUUUGAAGAGAACAUCAACGGCAGGAAACUGACUGACAUCAUCAAUACAGACCACGAGAACAUCAAGUACCUGCCCGGAUACAAACUGCCCGAGAAUGUGGUGGCGAUCCCGAAGCUUUGUGAUGCUGCAGAAGGCGCUGACCUGCUGGUGUUUGUAGUCCCUCACCAGUUCAUCAGAAAUCUGUGUGAUGAGAUGGUAGGCUGCGUCUCCUCCAAAGCCCGAGGAAUCACACUUAUAAAGGGAAUAGACGAGGGUCCCGAGGGGCUGAAGCUGAUCUCUGACAUCAUAAGGGAGAAAAUGGGGAUUGACGUCAGCGUGCUAAUGGGGGCCAACAUUGCAAACGAGGUGGCAGCUGAGAAAUUCUGUGAAACCACCAUUGGCAGCAAGAUUUUGGAGAACGGCCUGUUGUUUAAAGAACUGCUGCAGACUCCCAACUUCAGAAUCACAGUGGUGGAUGAUGCUGACACAGUGGAGCUGUGUGGGGCGCUCAAAAACAUUGUGGCAGUGGGCGCAGGCUUCUGCGAUGGGCUCAGGUGUGGGGACAACACCAAAGCAGCUGUGAUCCGUCUGGGGCUGAUGGAGAUGAUUGCCUUUGCUAAGCUCUUCUCUAAGGAUGGCUCGGUCUCCUCGGCCACCUUCCUUGAGAGCUGUGGCGUGGCCGAUCUCAUUACCACCUGCUAUGGGGGCCGCAACCGCCGGGUGGCCGAGGCCUUCGCCAAGACAGGGAAGAGUAUAGAGGAUCUUGAGAAGGAGAUGCUGAAUGGUCAGAAACUCCAGGGUCCUGCCACCUCCGCUGAAGUCUAUCACAUCCUCAAACAGAAGGAUUUGGUGGAUAAGUUCCCUCUGUUCACGGCCGUGUAUCAGAUUUGUUUCGAGAGCAGACCUGUCCAAGAGAUGAUUUCCUGCCUGCAAAGCCACCCAGAGCACAUGUGAUCAGUUCAGGAGACCUCGGUGUGCCCCAGAGGGAGGCUCUUAUAGAGAUUUAUACAGGGUGGUUUCCACAAAACCAUCCGAGCACUAACAUAAAUUUAGCUUUGAGUACCAUAAGCCGUUAAAGCCUUUCAAAAAGCCAGCCAUAUUUAAAAAUUUGAUGAGAAAUGGAUGAGCUAAUCAUUUAGAACUUACUUAAAUGUAAAACCAAAUGACUUAUUUCAGGCAAAAAAAAAGAAAGAACAGAUUUGUGAUUAUAUGAAGUUUCACAAAUGCUUUUCUAUUUCACUAUGGUGGAAAAUGGAUUUUAGGCUCAUGAUGCUUGGAAGAAACUGCCCCCGAUGUGAGUGAAAGUUGGAUGUGGCAAAAUCCAAACCAUUUGCAGAUUAAAGUGUACCAUAAUGGUGCAUAAGAGCAAAGUAACCCUGCUGGUGAAGGUGCUCAGUGUCUUGAAGCUCCAACUCUUUUAAUACAUAACCAUAUAGUCUGGUAUAGAUAACACCAGUCCCUCCCAAAAGCAUGCUAAGCACUUGACCUUGGUUCCAUCACAAACAAAUGGAUAAGAAUGACCACAUAUUAUGAGUUUAAGUGUGAGUACUCUGAAAUACUGAAAGCUAAUUUUUGUCUACAUUAGAAUUUUGUUACCAUGGGUUAUUAGUGGGGUCGUAUUGGUAUGCCAUAUUUUUGGGGGAAAAAGGCCCCCCCCAAUUUUGUUUGUUAAAUAUUCCUAUCUGAUUAUGCUGAUAACAUUUAUUUCACUUUGUUAUAACCUUUUAAAUCAACCUAUCUGCCUCUCUCUCACAUUGACUUGUUUAGAGAAGGAGCUGCCAUAGUUCCGACCUGGUGCUUCUCCUCAACAACAUACACUUGAAUCUGUUUAGAUACACCGGUUGUCAUGAUAGCUCUGAGUUAUUGUCGAUGCGAUGAGGGAUUCGAAACUCCCAAGAAAAUGACAUUCACUGUCAGUUGCAGUGGGACUGUCACGUAAUAGGCUUCCUCUCACCUAGCACAAGAGCACCCCCGUGUUGCCAAUACUGAAAUAGCAAAUUUAACUUCCUCUUAUUUAAAACCACUGAUUUCCCAACUGUAAGUCAAGUCGAGUCAGUUUUAUAUGUAUAGCCCAAUAUCACAAAUUAAAAAUUUGCCUCAAGGGGCUUUACAGCAACACAACAUCCUGUCCUUAGACCCUCGCAUUGGAUAAGGAACAACUCCCUAAAAAAACAACAACCAAUGUCUGCACAAAAUACAUCCUCAAUGACCUCAACUGCACUUUACAAAGACAACUGCCACCAGGCGUAAGGUAUUUUACAGCACCAGUAAGCAUAUCACUAAGAUCUAGGGCUUGUUUUUAUGGGUGAUUUUUUUCUUUUUCUUGUCUGCUUAUUUCUAAAACAAAUAACACUUGGUAAAUCCCUGAAAGCAGGGUAAAGAGGCUAAUGCUGUGUACACUUUUAUAUCAGAGUUAAAAUCUAGGUUGUGUGACCAAAUGUUUUGAAUGGAACUUAUUGUUGUAGUUUAGUGUCCGUUUUUGUCCGGUAUUAUUCACAUAUCAGCAGAUUGGUGUCAACUUCUCAGUGCUUUUACCAUUUACACUGACCUCUGAACUUAGUGGAUAUUCGGGCUAAAACGUGACCCCCACUUUUGGAAACCAGUAUCACUCUGAUGUACUUCUCUAAUGACUUAUUUUAGCACAAUAGCGAUGGACGAUGCAAUUUAGGGGAACAAUUACUCUUAUUAACGGGUUUCGCCAAAUGUAUUUUUCAGAUGAAAUAUUUCUUUAUUUUCCCUAACUUUGAUUUUGGAUAUUAUUGAACUCUAGGUAAAUAAAGUAACUUAUCCAUAUGCCACCCAAACCAAGAAUACAGACAGUAUAAUUUUGUGUGUUUUUAUGGUUUUUACCAAUUAUGGAAUUUUAUAUUUUUUUUCUCACAUCGGUCAAUACUUUUUGUAUUGGGUGACAGUGAAUUUAUAGAUCAUGAAUAUUCCCAGUGUAACAUUAAUUUGCAAUUUAGUUUUUCUUUUUUAAGCAUUGGUGUAUAAUUGAUCUUGUACUAAAUGCUCAGCUAAAGUUAAAUCCUAUUUUUUUCUGUUUUCUAACACACUAACACUAUUAAAGUGUAUAGAUAGUAGUCAUGGUCCAAAUUGGCAGCUUUUUUUUUUUACAUACGUUUUAUGUUAUGUGUCACACUCCAUCCUUAUUAUAGUUUACUGACCAUGUUUAGAUGUGCUCCAGCAUGUUGUAAUUACACAUUACAGCCAAAGAUCAUAGACUCGGGAUGGUAAACUAAUAUUACUUGAUUCCAACUUUGCCUUCUUUUUUUUUUUGGUUCUUCUUUAUGUACAGUGUCAGUCUACAAGCCAGCUGGUUUUUGUAUUUUGUGUUUGGAGAAGGGUCAUAAUACAUUGAUGUCAGGAGUUUUCUUCCUGUUGAAAUAAAAUGGCUCUCAGGACAUUAUUAUUUUUUCCUGAGAAGACGAGUCCUGUAUGUCAGAAUUAAUAAAUGUCUUCAAAUCAAUCACUUUAAAUCCAGUCUUUAUGAUUCACUGACACAUUGACAAUUAGGCAUUCUUCUACAUGUUAAUUUCUUAAUUUUAAGGAAAGACCAUCAAAUACACCGGCAUAGUACAAACAAUAUUUUAAUAUAUUGUUGCUUUGGUUUAAUGUUUUAAUCCCAAAGAUUUCUUGUAAAAAUGCAUACAACAAAAAGACAUCCACAAUAAAAAUCAUACACAAUUGCAUUAACAAGAAUGCAUUGCUUUAACUUAAUCUUUGUCAUGGCUCCGCUGUCGAAGCUACAUUUUAUAAAUACAUUCAAAAUGUUGAAUGUAUCAGUAGGUAAAACCUCACUAAUGAAAACGGCAGACUAGUUGCAAACUUCACUAUGGUUUCAAUGACACUUAAGUAUUUAAAAUUUAGAUCGGCUAUACUGACUUAGACACAAACACCAAAUGAGAAGAUCUAACAUUUGAGAGGCAAACUGAUCACCUACCAAUUU